AUGUCUAGGAACAUUCCGAUUGUCGACGCCGACGUUGAAACAGACUGCUUGAUCGUUGGAGCUGGCCCUGCUGGCGCUUCUUUGGCAUGUUUUCUGAUCAACUUUGGGCUGAGAGUGAUAGUCAUCUCGGACGCGCCGGGAACGACAGCUACCCCUAGGGCGCACCUGAUCAACAUGGCAGGCCUUGAGUGCAUGCGCGAUCUUGGCCUCGAAGACGAAUGUCUACGCCUCGGAAACAGAGGUGACGCCCUCAAUUCGAUUCGCUGGUGCUAUUCUAUAACUGGGGUGGAGUAUGGACGAAUUCAUGCUUGGGGUGCUGGGCCGGCAAAGAUGGGUGAGGUGGCAGACAUCAGUCCCUGUGCGUCGCUAGAUCUCCCACAAACCUACCUUGAGCCGAUACUGGUGCGCUAUGCCACCACUCAUGGUGUCACAUGCCUGUUCAACACGAGUUUCGCAGAACUCGACCAAGACACCCAUGGAUGCGUGACUACUGCUGUGAACAAGGUCCUCGGCCAGAAAUUCAAGAUCCGAUCUCGCUAUGUCUUCGGUUGCGACGGAGCAAGAAGUCCAGUGGCGGCUCAGAUCGGGCUCUCGUACAACAUCCAGCCAUCCGGAGGAGUCGCAUACAAUAUUUUAUUUAAUGCUGAUUUGGGGGACAUCAUGAAACAUCAGAUGGGACACCUGCACUGGAUAAUGCAGCCAGACACCGAACUGGAGCACGGAAUUGCGCCUGUGCUGCGGAUGGUCAAGCCGUGGCAUCAAUGGAUCCUGGUGGUGUUUCCCAAGCCUGGAGUGGACAUCAAAGCUUUUGGUUCCUCUCAGGCAGCUACUAACCAGGUCAACGAUUUGAUCAAAGCAGUGAUAGGUGACGACAGGAUCCCGUUUGAGGUGGUUGACAUUUCGAGUUGGAGAAUCAACGAAACGGCUGCUGAGUCCUAUUUCAAGCAGAAUGUGUUUUGCCUUGGCGAUGCAGUACACCGACAUCCUCCUAUCUUUGGCCUCGGGAGCAACACUUGUAUACAGGAUGCCUACAACUUGGCUUGGAAGGUUGCGCUGGUCGUCCAGGGGAAGGCCUCCCCAGCCUUGCUGGACACCUACAACGUGGAGCGGCAACCCGUCGGGCAAGAUCUGGUGAAGUGGUCCAACGAGCUCCUGCGGAACCACGCGACCGUGUGGGGAGCGAUUGGGAUGUUCGGAGAAACGAAGGAGGAGCGGAUCCAGGCGAACAAGGAACUGUCGGAAGCUUCCGAGGCCGGCAAGGCACGACGUCAGCAACUCUUUGACGCCCUCGAACGCCACCGCGGUGAAGGCGACAGUGUGGGCAUGAUGAUGAACCAGUGGUAUACAUCCAGCUCCAGCGCCGUCUAUCUCGCGGACGAGGAGGAGUGCCCUCAGCCCGCCUUCACGGGCAAUUACCUCACGCAGGCCCGCGUCAGCACGUACCCGGGCAAUCGGCUGCCGCACGCGUGGCUCAGCAAAGGGGACGUGCCCAGCAAGGACAUCUCGACGGUCGACCUGGCGGGCAAGAGUGCUUUCUGUCUGUUCACGGGCCACGGCGGAGAAGCUUGGAAAGCCGCAGCCAGAGCCGUGGGUCACAAGCUCGGGAUCCCCAUCAACGCGUUCGCAAUCGGCUUUGGGCUCGACUACGCUGACAAAUACCGCGACUGGACCAAGAGGCGCGAGGUCGACGAGGACGGGUGUGUUCUCGUGCGACCUGACCGGUUCGUUGCGUGGCGGGCGCAGCGGAUGGUAUCAUCCACCGGGACGGCGACGGCGACGGCGACGGCGGCCUCGUCGUGCGAAGAGAAGCUCGAGCAAGUCUUGAGAUCGAUCCUGUCGCUUUGA